AUGUCCCUCUCGUCCAAAGAUAAAGAGGUGUUGACGAAAAACCAAACAGCUUCGGCUGAUCCUCUGGACACAGAAUCCGUUUCCAGUUCUUCCCUGUUGGUUGCAAAAUCGUUUGGGGUUCGUAAAUCAGAAAUCAUUGUCGAACAGGUCAAUACGGUUAAAAGAAAAAUCAUCUUCUUUUUUUCCGUGUUUCUUUGUUUCUACAUCAUCAACGUUGAAGGUGAUGUGCUUUCUGUGUUUGUGGGAUACGCUACCAACGACUAUAAAGAACACUCGUUGAUGUCUACGGUGAGUGUUAUAAGUGGAGUGGUUGCUUCUGGGUCGUUACCGUUCUACGCUAGACUUGCUGAUACUUAUGGACGUCUUGAGUUGUUGAGUGUUUCGCUUAUAUUCAGAGUGGUGGGUAUCCUCAUUCUGUCCAGAGCUACCAAUGUGCAAAAGUAUGCUGGAGGAGCUGCGUUGAUGAGUUUUGGCCACUCAGGGACGAUGAUUCUUUUGCAGGUGAGUCUUUCGGAUGCUUCGUCGUUGAGAUGGAGGCUUUUGGCUAUUGGCUUGACGUACACUCAGAGUAUCAUCAACACAUGGAGCACUGGAGAGAUCGUGACUGCUCUUUUGGGGAACACUUCAUGGCAGUUUGGCGUUGCCAUGUGGGCCUUCAUCACGCCGUUGUUCUUUGCUCCUUUUUUUAUUCACUACACUUACCUUACGCUCCAGGCUGCAAAGACAGAUAAGUGGAAACAGGUGAACCACGACCAGAGAAGGAUGUUCAUUGAAGGAUUGCCUUCGGCGGGACGUUUCUUUGAUUCGAACCUUGAGAGAGUUCCAAAUACUGGACUGUUUAUGGAGAGAAUCAAAAAUAAAGCAGAGUAUGUUGGCCUAGCGCUUAUCCAUAACGUCAAAUUAGUCUUCUGGUAUGUGGACUGUAUUGGAUGCGUUUUGAUAGCUUGUGUACUUGGUCUUUUGCUUGUUCCAUUGACGUUGGCUGGCGGGACAUCGUCCAAAUGGAAACAGGCAAAGAUUAUCGUUCCCUUGGUACUUGGCGUACUUCUCAUUCCAGUGUUUGUCGUCUGGGAAACCAAAAUCACCAAACGUCCUAUGGUUCCAUUUAAAGUGAUGAAGAACCGUGGUAUUUGGGCAGCUCUCGUGGUUAGCAUUCUAGACAACUUCGUCUAUGCUCUUGUCAAUGGCUACGCUUACCCUGUUUUGCUUGUGGGCAUGAACGCUUCCACUACAGUUGCAACCAGAACGCCUCUGUUGAAUACGUUUGUUACAGCCAUUACUCUUUCAAUUUUGGGGUUCGUGGUUGGCCGUGUAAGAAGAACAAAAGCGUUUAUUCUCUUUGGCUGUGCUAUGCUUUUCCUCUCCAUGGGUCUUUUUGUCCAUUUCAGAGGAAGCAACGAUGGACUUCGUGGGAAGUACUACCGUGACGGUAUUGCCGUUGCUAUGUGUGUUUUGGGUUUCUCCCAGGCCUUUUUGAACAGACUUGUGUUUGUUUCUGCCCAGUCUUGUACGAACCAUGAGUAUAUGGCUACAGUGAUGGCUAUUUUUGCUGCUUUUUACCGUGUGGGCCAUACGCUUGGCGGUGCGGUUUCUGGAGCUAUCUGGACCCAGGAAAUGUACCAGAAAAUUAGAUCCAAAAUGGUGGAGUUUGGCGUGGACGACUCUUUGGCUGAAGAGGCUUAUGGGUCUCCAUACACUUAUAUCGAGACGUACAAAUGGGGCACCAACCAGCGUAGGGCUGUGAGUAUAGCGUAUGCUGAGAUCCAAAGGGCACUUUCGAUUACUGGGCUUUCGCUUUGUGUGCUUGUGUUGUUCUUCUGUAUGUUCUUGAGAGACCAUCGUUUGACAGAUAGUCAGAACUUGGACGACGAGAACGUGAAGGAUGAAGAGUUGGAGAAGGGCAAGACAGCUGCGGAUAGAGUGAAGUCGGAGGUUGCGUUUACCAACGAUAAGGAUUACAUUUUGGAUUUCUUGAAGAGGUUGGCAGGAAGGAAGGUCAAGGAGUAG